AUGACAGACAAUUUUCCGCCAGAACCCAAUUCGAUUUCCCUCAAAGUAUGUUUCUUCCAGAGCGGCGUGGAGUUGGAGCUGGUGGAAUGCCAGCCGCUGCUGGAGUGGCUGGCCAACAACUACAAGUCGUUCGGCGCCACGCUGGAGAUCAUCACCGACAAGAGCCAGGAGGGCAGCCAGUUCGUGCGCGGCUUCGGUGGCAUUGGCGGACUCCUUCGUUACAAAGUAGACUUCCAGUCCAUGCAGUUGGACGAUGAAGAGAUCGACAACCUGUACGACAUCGACGACUACUAAGCCGUCGGGGAGCGGACGCGCCCGUCCGGUAGCCGGACAUCACCCGGACACUGUCCGGACAAAAACCGGACUGUCCGGAAAUCUUGGACACUGUCCGGACACCAACAGGAACACCAUCUCAAUAGUCUGGCGGCCGAACUGGACGUUUCAUUUCCCGGACACUGUCCGGUCGGACGGACGCCAUAUGUCGUGUUUUGUACCGUGUCGGGUGGGGUGAGACGGGCUCUGUUUUUGUACUCAGUAUUAUUUAGUUUUUAUACGUCACUGAGCA